AUGUUUUCAUCACCCUCCAAGAUAAAGCGCCAGGAACCAGUGUUUAAAACACCUAUGACAUACAGCCCCAGGGUCCUUGGAUCCAAUGGAAAACCCAUUCCAUCCCCAUCACGAGCAGAACUGUGGAGGCAGCAGCUAGGAUUAAAUGAUGAUCCAAACAGUACAGAUAAUCAGUCUGAUUCAGACUCUGACCAAGAAAAUCUCAAUCCAUCAGCCAACAUUUCCUUGGUGGAGUACCGCGCCCUUCAGCGGGAGUUGGACGAAAGAAAUGUGCAGCGAGAUGAACUCCUUUUCAAAGUCAAGACGCUGACUGACAAAACGAAACAUUACAAGUUACGACUGGAACGCGAGGAGAGCACUAAGAGACAGCACAUGAAGAUCCUUUGUAAAACACAAGAGACACAGCUGCAGGAAAAGGAGAACCUGAUUACAAAUCUACAGGGCCUACUGGAAGAGAAUGAGGCCCGGGUACAGCAGCUGGAGCAAGGUCCAGUAAAAUGCCGGCCACUGGGCGACAACAACAACAUCCCCCACACUGCGAGUGGGACUGCUAUGAGGCUAAUAGAGGAAGUGAAGAGACUUCAGAUAGAGAAAGUGGACCUCACCCGUCGUCUGGAGGAACAAUUACAGCUCAGUUUGGUCCCUAGUCCUGAAGGCAAAGCAAUAGAGCCAGAGCCGGGAGGACGGGGAGAACUUGGUCUGGGACUUGAUAAAACCAUAAACGACCUUCAGAAGGAAAAUCGUGACCUUCGGGACACCAUAGAUAGACUCCAUAAAAAUGGCCAGUCAUCGGACACUGGACCCUGUACCACAGACACUGAGAAACAGGUGGCCAAGCUACAAGGAGACAAUGACCGCCUCCAAGAGGAACUGACAGACCUUAAACAGUCCUACGGUCAGUCAACUGACAUGGUCAAGCAAGGUGCCAAACAAUACCAGCAACUUGAUGACGAGGUAUCCAAAUUAAGACAAAAGAUUACAACGCUUGAAAACCAGCUAUCGAGGAAAUCUGAAGAAUUCACUAGUGUACAAAACAAACAUCGUCAGGAGCAGACAACUCUAAGGAAUGAAAGCCAAGCCACAGCACGAAAGAUGAGGGAUUUACAAGCUGAACUGACUGCACUACAUGCCAAGGAGCCAGAGGUUAUCACAAAAAUAAAGCGUGUGGAGGUACAGACAGAAUCCGAGGAGCUCAAGAAGAACUUCUCCAAGUGUCAGGAAGAAAAAGUAGUGCUGGAGUCAGAGGUCGCGGCAUUGAAACUAGAGAUCAAGGAAGUCAGGCAUCAGCUACAGGAAGCAGACAGACAAUGUACAGAGAAGAUUGAGGAGAUGACGAGACUAGAACAGGAGACGGAGACUGUUACGCAUCAGCUGAUGGAGGAGAUUGAUAAUGUGAAGAGAGAAAAGGAAGAAGCUGUGAGGUCAGUGAGACAUGACAUGGAACUUGAAUUGGAAACAUUACGUUUGAAGCACCAGCGUGUUUGUUUGCAUUUGGAACAACUCAAGCCUAUUAUGGUAGAACUGGUGCGCGAGUAUGUCCAGCUUCAGAAACAGGCCAAGAAGUUUCCCACCAUUAUUAAAGAUGCUGUGUCACAGGUGAAAAAAGAGACAACGCGGGCCAUAAGAGGCAUCCAUGACCACAACCAAGAGCUGAUCAAGAAAUAUUACAGGGAGAUGGCCCUGAGGAAGAAAUACCACAAUGAACUGGUGGAAUUAAAAGGAAACAUUCGUGUGUUUUGUCGUGUUCGGCCUAAGAUUGCUGAGGAUGGUAAUGGUGUUAUGUCUCAGUCUGUGGUCAGAUACGACCAGGAUGACGAUGGACUUAUCCAUGUCCUCAACAAGGGUCGAAGUCAGACAUUCGAAGUGGAUAGAGUGUUCACUGAAACCAGUACACAAACAGAGGUGUUCAAUGAAGUGCAAUCUUUAGUGACUUCCUGUAUAGAUGGUUACAAUGUAUGUAUCUUUGCCUACGGACAAACAGGAUCUGGAAAAACUUAUACAAUGGAGGGUCCACCUGACGAUGCUGGCAUCAACCAGAGGGCACUACAAGAGCUGUUCCGGGAGACCUCCAAUCGAGGUUGUGACUGGACCUACAAAAUAACAGUCACCGUCUUAGAAAUUUAUAACGAAGUCAUAAGAGAUCUUUUAACUCCUGGAGAUGACACCUCAACCAAACUGGAUGUAAAGAUGAACACAGAUGGUCAGCUGUAUGUACCAGGUCUUUGUGUGAAGGAGGUGCGGUCAGUAGAGGAUGUUAACAGGGUAUUUGCAACAGGCCAGAAAAACAGAGCAACUGCAACUACCAAUAUGAAUGAGCGUUCGUCCAGAUCCCACGCACUUUUGUGUGUCACAGUUCAUGGUGUCAAUAAGACAACUAAUGUACAAAGUACAGGAAAGCUGAACUUGGUUGACCUGGCUGGAUCAGAGCGAGUGAGUAAGUCAGGUGCAGAUGGAACGAGACUGAAGGAAGCUCAGAGUAUCAACAAGUCUCUGUCCUCUUUAGGGGAUGUUAUACACGCACUACGAAGCAAACAGAGCCAUGUGCCUUACCGCAACUCCAGGCUCACUUAUCUACUGCAGGACUCCCUAGGUGGAGACAGCAAGACCCUAAUGAUCGUCCAGGUGGCACCAGUGGAGAAGAAUCAGAGUGAGACUGUAUGUAGCCUCAACUUCGCCCAGCGUGUCCGCACUGUUGAACUUGGCCAAGCCAGUCGUCGUGUGGAAAACGGUGACACAGAGGGUGACUACGCAAACAGUCCAAUGGUGAAGCCUUCAACCCCUUCCAGGAGUGGUGGUACCCCUUCACGCUCUGCCCACUUGACCCCGUCCCGCACUGGGGUGUCAACCCCACCUAGAUCUGGCACCAACCCCCUCUCCUCUGUCACACGAUCCACUCCUUUGGGAUCUGCCUCACGGACUAAGAUUUCCAAAGUUACAAGCAAACUCAAUCUGUAACAGAAAAGUAAACGUAAAGUAUUUGCUACAAUGUUAAAACUCCAAUUGUAAUGCUGUUGUAAGUUGAAAAUACAUCUUGUUUUUAUGCUCACUUGAUAUCUCAGACUCAAAACAAAAAGAAAUUACAGACUGUUGUAUAAAGGAUGGAUGUUUUGUGACAUCACUACACAGAGAUUGUGAU